AUGAACUUUAAGGAUAAAAGGAAAAGUAGAGGAAUUGCUCUUCAAGCAGAUUAUGAUGAUAUGUCCACCAAAGAUGAGACCAACGAAGAUGAGGACUUGAGUGAGUCUCUUACUUUACUCACCAAAAACUUCAAUAAAAUGCUGAGAAAGAUCAACAAGAAAGGGAGAUUUGGAGAGAAUUCAAAGAAUAGAAAUUCUCAAAAGAAGAAUUUUAACUCUCAACAGUUUGAAGAGAAUGAAAGAAAUAAGGAAAUACAAUGCCGAGAAUGUGAAGGAUUUAGACAUAUUCAAGCGGAGUGUGCAAACACUCUCAAGAAGAGAAAUAAGGCUGCCACGACGUCUACAUGGAGUGAUGAUUCAGAUGAAAAGUUUGUUGCAACAGCAUCUGCAACAACCUCUGGUGGAGUUGUUGAUGAUACAGAUUUCGAGGAUGAAACUGAAGAUGAUAGUGACGAUGAUGACCUAAGUCUUGAGAAAAUUCAAGAGGCUUAUAAGAAGAUGUACAGCAAGUGGCUUGUUGUUUGCAAACAAAAUAAAUCACUUGAAGAUGAAGUUGCUGUCUUAACAAAGGAAAGAGAUGAGUUGAAGAAGGCUACAACAAAUUAUGAAAUCUUGGCAACAAAGCAUCAUAGAAAGGUUGCUGAGACCAGAAUUGAAUUGGAGCAGACCCAGAAGAAUUUAAGGAUGCUAAACUCGGGCCUUGGCUACAAGGGUCAAGAAAUUUCUGAGAAGACUGUCUUUGUGAAAGGAGCCACCAAUACUAUGAUGCAGUCCUUUAAGAAAUCUCAGGAUUUACAAAGUGGAGAAAAUCGAGUGAAAAAGAUACAGAAGUCCAUGAAAAUCUCCAUUUGUGUGGGCUGCAGCGCACUAGGAGCAAGCCAGCCUGAGACUUCCAGAGAGCAUUCUAAGAAAGAAUUCUAG